UAGACCUGAGUCUUUAGACAGCGUUCUGAAGAGGACACCCUCCCGCAGCUGACGAGAGAGACAUGUGUUGUCUGGGAUCCGGGACAUGAAGUUGCUAAAGAUGUUCUUUUGAUAUGUAUGACUGACCGAACGAAUUCGAGAAUGGCGCUGAGUUGACGAUAGACUCUUCCGAUGGCGAGCGUUGGUGCUCGAGGGGCUGCACGUGACGCUCACCCAACCCCUUACUGCAAGCUUCAAGCUACCCCGCACUCGUCAACAGCACAACGCAGCAGCGCAUCGCGCCCACGCUCGACAAUGCCACCAUGGCCGACAGCGACAACAGUGCACAACAGGCCGAGAGCUACUACUUUACCCACGAGCCGCCGCCGAAAGACCUGAAGACGAACACGACGCUCGCCCGUGAGUUUAUAGGCCGCCAUGCUGACGAGGGCCGCCGCCUGGUCCUGGUAACUUCAGGUGGUACCACCGUGCCCCUGGAGACACAGACGGUGCGCUACAUCGACAACUUCUCUGCUGGCACGCGCGGAGCCACCAGCGCCGAGUACUUCCUCCAGAAUGGCUACGCUGUCAUCUUCCUGCACCGCCAGUUCUCGCUGCUGCCCUACUCGCGGCACUACUCGCACAACACGCGGUCGUUCCUCGACUACAUGAAGGAGGAGAACGGGCAGGUCGUCGUCGACGAGCAGCACCAGGACGAGAUGCUUCGCGUGUUGCGCCAGUACACCGAGGUCAAACGCGAGAAUAGGCUAUUGAUCCUGUCCUACGUCACCAUAACCGAGUACUUGUGGAAUCUGCGCGAGGUCGCCCAGCUCAUGCGUCCUCUGGGGCCAAAAGCCAUGUUCUACCUCGCCGCUGCCGUGUCCGACUUCUUCGUUCCCCAAGAUCGCAUGGUUGAACACAAGAUACAGUCCAACGAGGAGUUCCUUCAGGGCCCAGAUGGCGCGGGUGCAGGAGGCAAUACAAAGGUACCCGCUGCGCGUACUGAAGGGAGGAGUUUGGUCAUCGAUCUCGAGCCUGUCCCAAAGUUCCUGAAGCAACUCGUGGACGGCUGGGCGCCUCAGGCCAUGAUUGUGAGCUUCAAGCUGGAAACAGACCCUUCCAUGCUGGUCCGCAAGGCCCAGUACUCACUGAACAAGUACUCGCAUCACUUGGUCAUCGGCAACCUGCUGCUUACGCGCAAGUGGGAAGUCGUCUUUGUAUCUGCACUCGAGGGCGAGAAGUGGAUUAGAGUACCGCGCAGCCGCAGAACCAAGAGUUUCUCUGGCAUGCCAUCACUGGUAGGCUCUGCUGAUUACUUAGCAAACAAGGAUGCAUCUGAGGCAGACGAUUUCUUUGCGACGGAGAAAGGAAUACCCCAAGGAGAACCGGCUAUGGAGAUCGAGUCGCUCAUCAUCCCAGAGAUUCGCGAAAUGCACACGAAACUCAUAGAACAGGCCGAGGCGAGAGCCAAGGCUGCAUGAAAUAUGCUCGCCUAAUACACAAGAAAGUGCCGAACUACUCUACCGUUGUGUUAUACAAGCUUCGUCGGUAGGUGAAGAUGUUGUGUCGAGUUAU